AUGACUUUAAAUUACUCAGCUCCUUAUGUGGAUGGAGAAGUAUCGGCAAGAAAAAAUACUUUUGGAUAUAGUGAUGAUGAAGACCUACAGUCGCCAAAUAACAAAAAUCUAAAUAAACCUGCUGCCCAUUUAAGACUCGAAGAACUGGAUUUUAAGCCUCCUUGUGACAUUAAAAGCAGGGAGGCUAUAUCAGCAAUCCAUCGUGCUAAAACACAGAAUUGCAAACAGCAAAUUGUGAAUAAAACUUGUCUUAUUCAAAAUGGUAAAUUUUAUGCAGAACAAUUACCCAAUUUGUGCCUUCAUGGGGAAGCCAAAUAUGGAAGAUACUUGGGAUGUUAUUCAGAUGAAAAGAAAAUGAGAUUGCUAUCAGGUUUCUAUGGGAAUUAUGCUAACACAAAUUCACCAACUGCUUGUUUGGAUAUUUGUAUUCAAGCAGGUUUCAUGUAUGCUGGAGUGCAAUAUGCGUCUGAAUGCUUUUGUGGUGAAACAAAACCCCAAAUUACAGCAGCCACUGCUGAUGAUUUGUGUGACAUGAAAUGCCCUGGAGAUUUGUCAAAAACUUGUGGAGGAUAUUUCACUAUGAAUGUUUAUGAAACUGGAUUAGCAAAAUUCACACCUAAGUUACCAGAAACCUCAAGCAGUAAAAAAGAGUCGAUACAAAUAGUGUUCCUGUUAACUUUGAAUGGACGAGCAUUAAGACAAGUUCACAGACUAAUAAAUAGCUUAUAUAGGAGCAACCAUUAUUUUUAUAUACAUAUAGACAAGCGUCAGGACUAUUUGCAUAGAAAAUUAUCAGUCCUAGAGUCACAAUUCUCAAAUAUUAAAUUGGCGACACUCAGAUAUUCAACUAUUUGGGGAGGUGCAUCAUUGCUUAAAAUGUUACUUUCCUCUAUGAAAGACUUUACUACACUCGGCUGGAAAUGGGAUUUUGUUAUUAAUUUAAGCGAAAGUGAUUUUCCUAUCAAGUCACUAGAAGAAUUAGAAAGUUUUCUGUCUGUAAAUAAAGGUCUUAACUUUGUAAAAUCACAUGGACGUGAAGUGCAAAGAUUUAUAAAGAAACAAGGCUUGGAUAAAACAUUUAUCGAAUGCGACACGCACAUGUGGCGUGUCGGCGAGAGAAAGCUACCGCGAGGAAUAGUAAUUGACGGAGGUAGUGAUUGGAUUGCAUUGUCGCCAGAAUUCGUUACGUAUGUCAUUGGAAAAAAAGAUGAAUUGUUAGCUGGUUUAGAUACUAUAUUCCAACACACACUUUUACCAGCAGAAUCGUUCUUUCAUACAGCAUUGAGGAAUUCGCCAUUUUGUAACACAUACGUGGACAACAAUUUGCAUGUAACCAAUUGGAAAAGAAAAUUGGGUUGUAAGUGUCAAUAUAAACACGUAGUUGAUUGGUGUGGAUGUUCUCCUAACGAUUUCAGAACUGAAGAUUGGCCAAGGAUUCAAAACACACAAGAUCGUCAGCUGUUUUUCGCAAGAAAAUUCGAACCUAUUAUAAAUCAAGAAAUUAUCAACAGAGUUGAGCAAUAUAUAGGAUUUAAGGAUCAUCACUUAUUAAACAAUUUGGAAGCAUACUGGCAAAGCUUAUAUAACAUUGAAGAUUUAACUGUAGACGAUAUAAUGUUGACCCAUGCAGCAAGUAUUGUUCGACACAACGCAAGGAUUCUAUCUGAUGAGGGUUGUCGAAUAGUGCCUAAUGUAGUAGUUGAAGUUAGUUCUUAUAACUAUGCAGAUGUUUACAAAGGAAAUCUAGUUUUACAUAAAGCUAUGUUACAUGACCAAGUAGAAGUACUGAUAGAGACAUGGUAUAAACCUAAAAAGUACAUUGAAGUUAAUUUUGAAAACAAGUAUGCAGAUUAUAUUCAAAUAUUUAAAGUAAGUUCUGAUUACGAUCAAAAAGAGAUGACAUUUAGGAAUCUGGCAAAUAUAUUAGGUCCUUUAUCGGAACCAAUUUUACUAUAUCGAUUUUCAACUCAACUUGAAAAGAAAAAUGAAAAUUUGACGCUAGUGUGGUUAGAUCCAGCUGGUGCCAUAGCUGAUGUUAAUGGCAUUCAUGUUGAUGAAAAUAAUCUCACAAACUUUAUCAAACCAAAUUUAAAAGCACCACUGUUGCCUGGAGUAUGGAAAGUGGGCUUGUUUGAACAAAGUAAUUUAAUAGUAACAACUAAGUUUUUAAUAUCACCUUUAGAAUAUUUUUCAGGUAAGGAAUUAUCACAACGAGAGACUAAUAUAAUUCACAGUGGAUCACAAAAUGCAUAUAAAAACUAUUCAAAUGUAAAACUAUAUAACUUUUUACCUGAUUAUGAACAAAGGAUACUUUUACAUGAAAUAUCCCAGUCCAAUAUUCAUAGAAUUAAAAAAGAUUUGAAAGAAUGGAUAGAUGGACUGAGUUUCGACUUUUAUAAUGUCUUAGGCUCUUGUAUUAAAUCUAAUAGUAGUCUAAAAGAUAAAUUGACAUGUGGACAUUACAAAUUUGAAAGUUGCAUUUCUACUCAAUGGAGUUCCCUAUCUCCAGAUCCGAAAGGUUUAAUAGGUAAAUUAAAUAAGACUGUUGGACGACUAGAACGAGUGUGA